UCCAGUUUUAAUUUUAAGAAUUUGAGCAGCCUUAAAAAAAUAAAUCUAAAGAAUUUAGAAAAAAUUUGUGUAAUUUUCUUGUUUUUCGAUUUUACACAAUAAAAAUAUCUCAAUUGUUUCCGAUAAGCUGUAAAUAUAUUUUUAAGUACAAAUUAGGAUAAAAAUCAAAAAAUAUUUACGAAUUGGGGACGACGUAUCAUAUUACAUUUUUACAUGAAUAUGUAAUAUAUAAAAAAAAAAUUUCAAUUUGGGAAACAAAAGAAACAAAAAAUUUAGAUAGUAUUUAAAAAAAAAUAAUGAUAAAAAUGCGACCAUAUGCCCCCUCGGAGAGGGUAGCUAUUAGAGCAGAUAGCAUAGAUGAAGAAACGUCAGAUAUAGAAGAUGAAGUUUUUAUACGUGAUGGUCGAACAGGAAAGAUAAGCGAUGAAAAUGGCUUAAAAAGACCAUUAAUGGCUCCGAAACGUAGUAGUAAAACUAAUGGCAAAUCAUCUAAUCAAAUACCAAUAAUGAAAAAGAAUCGUCGACGUUGUUGGAAAUGCUGUGAACCAUUUUGUUAUGGUUUGGCUGCAGUUACAAUAUUAAGUGUAUUAAUAUUUUUGGCAGCAUUAAUAUUGACAAUGUUUCCUAUUCCACUACAAAAACUUAAAGUUUGGUUAAAAAAAGAUUCAGCUUCUUUAAGUUAUAAAAGUGAAAAUUUCGAAACUGAUGGUUUCGGUGUUAUAGGCCCAGAAUUUGUACCAUGUACCCAUAUAGCUGUACAAAGAGUUUGGAUGAAAAUUUUUCCAAGGAUGAUUAGCGAAAGUCCUGUACGAAAGGUUGAUUUAAAUGGUGAUCAAAUAGAUGAUAUUGUUUUUGGAUUUGGUAUUGAUGAUAGUAUCAUUUAUGAAAAUAUUCCUUUAAAGAAAUGUACAUCUGCACGCCAAGAUGAAGAAGUAUCAUGUGAAGGAGGCGUUACUGCCUUAAAUGGAAAAAAUGGAGAUUUAAUAUGGCAAAGAUGGCUUGCCGCUAAUAUAUUUUCAAUUUUAUGUUCAGUCGAUAUAGACCAUGAUGGUUAUAAUGACUGUAUCGCAGCAGGCAGAGGGGGGGUUGUCGUUGCAAUAAAUGGCCGAAACGGCGAAAUAAUUUGGAAUCUUCGAGAGUUAGAUAUUGAAACAAAUUCGCCAAUAAUUAUUGACCUUUAUACAAUCAAUUUAGUUAGAGAUUUAGAUGGUGAUGACAUUCAAGAAAUAUUGGCUGUUCACCUUGAGGAACGUAAAACAUCUAAGUCUGGGCAUAUAAAAUUAAUUUCAGGAAGAUCUGGAAAAGUAAUUAGAAGUAUACCAACGCCUUUUAAAGAAGAAGUUUUUGUACCGAUACAAACAUUAGUUCAACAAGACGGUACUGAAUUACUUUUAAUUAUUACUGGUGGACAAAAUAGCCCAGGAGGAAUUUACACUAUUAGAUUAUACAAUUUAAUGGAAUACCGAAGUGAAAAAGAAUUCACUCCAAUUUAUCAAACAGAUUUUUCUGGCUUUAUGACACCAGCUGUAAUUACAGAUGUAACAGGCGAUCAAAUAAGUGAUAUAAUUGUAGCCUCAUUUAAUUCAACAAUUUUCGCAUUUGAUGGCCGAAAUUUUUCUAUGAUAUGGAAUUACACUUUUCCGGGGAGUGAAAGUGUCAGCGCAAUUGUGCCAGGUCAUUUUAAUCAUGAUAACGUUACAGAUUUCAUGAUUAAAUAUAAUACGGGGCCAGGAUUUCCGGUUUAUUACUAUUCACAAACAACAAUUUUAAAUGGCAUAGAUGGUCAACCAAUAAUGGGUGCGAUGAUGUUGGAUUCCGGUGGCCCAAAUAGCUUAUUAGGUGGUGUCUCAAUAUCUCAAACAUCCGGUGGAGAUUUUUUUUUACAUUGGCAAGUACAAUGUCGCGGAAAAUUAAAUGUGAAAGAUUCGUAUGAAUUUAUACCGGAAAGCGAUGUAAUAUUGCAAGCCAGAGCUGACACAUGUCUUUUAAGAUAUAAUACUACAACCGUUUUAAAACUGUAUGCCAUUACGAGACAUAUUGAACCGCCGGGUGCUGUAAUAUUUAGUUCAGAUGACAUUGACGUUAAGUUGAAUAAAACUGAAUUACAUAAGGUUAAGCAAAAUACAGUUUCACCCUUAAAGCACCCAAAAAUGUUAAAAAAAUUACUUGCCAAAGAAUAUUUGAAAACAGAAAGCGAAUUAGCAAAUAGUUUGCCACAUAAAGGUCAAAAAAAAGUUUAUAAGGAAAACGGUCCAGAAAAUAGCGUAAAUCCUAUAAUUGAACAACAAGAAAAACUAAGAGAACGGUAUAGGAAACCGCUAUAUCCUCCAAAAUCAAUUAUAGCAGAUGAAUUAGCUCCUGUUGAUGACGAAGACAGCUCUAAUUUCGAAAAUGCAAAACCUUUUAUAUACCCAGCGUCAUACAAUAUACCGGAAAGAAAUGGAUUUAAGGAAUAUGAUGGAGAUCCACAAUCGCGUACUCAAGAUGAAUAUCCUGAAAUUUUAUAUAAUGAUAUUGAGCAACAGCAACCAAUACCCCCGCAAUUAAAUGAACGACCUAUUCGUUUAAGAAGUAAAUAUCCGGGUAAUCGUGAUGUUAGAAGUGAAAUAACUUCGUACGAUAAGAUCCCUACUUCAAUCAAUAGGGAGAGUUUAAAUAUCACAAGCGAUGAAAAAUCAACUUCGCCUUUACCAGAAAAAUCUAAUAGUAACAAUGAUGAACCAGUGAACCUUUGGGACAUAGAAUUAGAAAAAGAAGAAGAGGAAGCAUUAAAAGAAUCUCAUAAAUAUGAAUAUAGCUUAAGGCAAAGACGACAAAAUUUAGAACAAGAAACGGAACCAUCUGUUAUGGGUACAUUCAAAGAAGAAAGUGAUCUCUUUUUGGCUUCGAUAUCUUCUACGGGUGUUCUAGUCGAUUCUUUAGACAAGUCAUCCAAUUCCACUAUUGAUUAUGCGUUCGUGAUCAAUGUGCGUGAAUCAGAAACUUAUCCCCCAUUACUACUGCAGGAAGAUAUUAACUGUAUUGAAGAAAAAAUGAGCUCAUAUAACACAAUAUCCAAUGCAGAUUUACAGCAAAUUCAAAAACAAGUUCUUGAGCAAUGCUUAAAAUCUCGAUUAGGUACUGAAAAUAUACAACCAGGUAUACCACGUUAUGAAUCUCAGGUUGUUGUUAUAAAAAUAUCAAUAGCAUGCAGUUGUCAUAAUCUACAGCCUGGCGAGAUAUGUUCAAAAUUAGAGAAAGCCGAUCAACAAAAAUGGACACAAUUCAUGGGAAAUUAUGAAAAUGGAUUUUACAAAAAUUAAUAUUGACUGAAAAUGAAUUUAUAAAUAUUGCCAAUGACACACCAAAAAUUUUCUUACUAAAAAAUUGUGUUGUUAAUUUUAGUUUUAUAAUUAAUCAACUUUAUUUUUUACAAUCUAGUUUCUAAGUUAUAUGGGUACCAGCUUUCAAAUAAGUAGGAUGUUAAAUUAUCAAUUUCAAUAAUCCAUAUUGUAAUUAUAUAUUAAUAAAAUGUGUAAUAUAAAUUUAUUGUAAGAUAUGAAAAUACUAGUGGCAGAUCCAUUUUUAUUUUCUUCAUCUUUUUUUUUAUAAAAAUUAAUAAGAUUAUUUUUUAUCGUAAAAAAGCCAUUCAAAAAAAUAAACCUACCUAUAUGUUAUGUAUGCAU